CAUAUCAAUAGUACUAUAUUACACUUCUUUGUGGUUUCAUUAUCACUAUAAUUAUACCGUAAGAUUUACACACAAUUUUAAUCCUGUGAAUGUGUUGCAUUUAAUGUCUAAAACCCAGUAAGAUCCUCUCCAAGAAAUACAAUAGCUAUAGAAUACUAUAGCUGAACUAAGAUGGUGAUAUUCAGUAAAAUGUUAAUUUAAUUAAGACACAAAGGUAAUCAAAAUAGUGACAUAGCAGAAUACUCGCACUCAUACAUGUACACUCCUCUUUAUACCACAUAUCAGAAAACAUGAUAUAAAGAGAAAUGUGACAUUAGACAGUGUGACAUUAAGUGGAGUUGGGCAGGCGGUACACAGCUACAUGACAUUAAGUGGACUUCAUCAGGCGGUACACAGCUACAUGACAUUAAGUGGACUUCACCAGGCAGUACACAGCUACGUGACAUUAAGUGGACUUCACCAGGCAGUACACAGCUACAUGACAUUAAGUGGACUUCAUCAGGUGGUACACAGCUACAUGACAUUAAGUGGACUUCACCAGGCGGUACACAGCUACAUGACAUUAAGUGGACUUCAUCAGGCAGUACACAGCUACAUGACAUUAAGUGGACUUCACCAGGCGGUACACAGCUACAUGACAUUAAGUGGACUUCACCAGGCGGUACACAGCUACAUGACAUUAAGUGGACUUCACCAGGCGGUACACAGCUACAUGACAUUAAGUGGACUUCAUCAGGCAGUACACAGCUACAUGACAUUAAGUGGACUUCAUCAGGCGGUACACAGCUACAUGACAUUAAGUGGACUUCACCAGGCGGUACACAGCUACAUGACAUUAAGUGGACUUCAUCAGGCGGUACACAGCUACAUGACAUUAAGUGGACUUCAUCAGGCGGUACACAGCUACAUGACAUUAAGUGGACUUCACCAGGCGGUACACAGCUACAUGACAUUAAGUGGACUUCAUCAGGCGGUACACAGCUACAUGCAUAGACAUGCACAGACAUGCACAGAGGCUUUACUCAUAGUCACAUACAAAAUGUACAUGUGUUGAAAAACAUCGAAAAAAACAAACCUACAUCAAUUAUUUCAUAGACAUUGUAAACAUAAAAUAUAAUCAGAUAUAUAUUUACCUACUAGUAUAUCAGUUUUAUACAUUAUAUUUCUAUCAUGUGAAAUAUUAACUCUUCUAAGAGUUUUCACGCAAGAGUUUCUAAGAUUAAGGUAGAUCUGUGAUAAUGCUAUUGUCUGAAUCAAAUUGUCUGAGUUUUCAGGAUUUCUCGGAGACCCAGGAAUGGUGACUCUGAGACAGGUGAUGUGUGCUACUUUUGUGAUAAACUGUUUUGUUAUAAUAUAAAGCAUGAUAGGGAAAACGAGAAUAAGACAUGUCUCAUCAAUCUGAUGUCUCAAUUUUAAUGAGCGUUAUCACCCCUUGCAUUACAACUUAUACUUUAUGGUUGGAGUGGAAAUGAUAACCAAUUGAAGCCAUAUUACACCUGUAUUUUCUGUGACGAGCAAUGAAUUGUUUUAUUUGUAGACAGGUUAUUUUAUUACCAUUUAUCGAAGUAAUAACUAUUCAUUAUUCAAAAUCAAUGAAAAAUGACAACAAAGAUUUGGAGGAAGCAAUGAGAUGACUUUCCUAUAUACAAGAACCUAUUUCUUGGCUAGGUUACUAUGUUUGGUGUAAAUAAGACUGCCUUGAUGAGUUUAAGAGCUCUGGUGCAUCAUACUUCAAUAAUUAUAUAUAUGAUUAUAAAUAUUGGUAAGAUAUAUUAAAAGAAAGUUGGCCACUUAGGAUGUGAAAGCAUCUUUAAUAUAUCUAUAAUACUUUACGAUACCAAUAAUAUACUACUGGGAAGUACAUGUAUAUAGAUUUAUGUACAAUAAUUCCAUCUGUCUCUCUCAAGACAUAUAAUUGUCUCGACUCCAGACUCCAGAUGAUGACAGAGAUUGUCUCGAGUCCUGUCUCGACUCCAGGACUCAAGAUGACAGUUCAAAAUAUUUGAUUAAUGUUUUGUUUAAAAUAACGGAUUCUAAAAAUAUAUGUUAUUUGUACAUCGUUUAUUGUUAUUCCUGUACGUUAUUUCUAUAACAAGAAAUUUUAUAUAUUGAUUACAAUGUACUAAAAAUUGUAUAAAUUUACUAAAUGGGAAUAUACAUUUCCUUGUUGUUGAUAUUUGUAAAUUCAUUAAGUGAAGGCUAGAUAAAUUAACAUGAUCCAAUUAUACAUUUCUGAAAUGAAUUUAUUUCAAAUGUUUCCAGAUAUAUACAGUAUGCUGUACAUAUAUAUAAUAUUUGUAUGUUUCCACAUACACUGUACAUUGUACAUCUAUAUAAAAUUUGUAUGUUUCCAGAUAUACACUGUACAUUGUACAUCUAUAUAAGAUUUGUAUGUUUCCAGAUAUACACUGUACAUUGUACAUCUAUAUAAGAUUUGUAUGUACUUUACUGUUAUAUAUAAUUGUGUUCAUAAUUAUUAUGUCUCCAAGUAUACUCAAGCAUAAAUGUAUAAGUAAUUAACACAUAAUUGUACUCAUAAUAACCUGAGCUUCUUAACUCACCAACUAAACGAACCAUACCUCAAGUUUAUGGAAGUUGAUUAAAAUGCAUCUGUUGAUUUAUUUCAAUUGAUGAAAAUUGAAAAUGAAAUUCCUGGUGAGUUUUGAACCAUCUAAAUGUUUCACAAAGAAUUAAAAGAUUAUUCUUUUU